ACUCUCAUCAUAUACACCCAUCUUUGAUCCUCAAAAACAUCAGCUAGAGAGAUGGCAAGGAAGUUGCUUAAGGUUCCAUCCUUGAAGAGAAAGAUCUCAUCACCAAGAGCCGAUGAUGCUUGUUCUGAUUUUAAUGCAUGCAGCACAUCACAUGUUGCAGAGAAGGGCCAUUUCAAUGUAUACUCUUCGGAGGGGAAGCGUUUCAUGGUUCUCUUGGCAAACCUUGACAACUCAAUUUUCAAGGAGCUCUUGAGGAUAUCUGAAGAAGAAUUCGGUUUACCAUGUGACGGCCCGAUCACACUGCCCUGUGAUGCAGCAUCCAUGGAAUAUGUGCUGUCCUUGCUAAGAAGAGGAGUAUCUAAGGAGAUGGAGAAGGCAUUGCUUAGCUCCAUUUUCAUCUUUUGUCAUUCACAUGUUCUAAUCUUGCUGUAGAGCAUACCCAACAACUUGCAGUUUGUAGCUGUUGAUUCAUUCUUUACAUUCUUCUUUGUAAUCUUACAAAUAUUUACAAUGAUAUAAUUCAUCAAAUUUCUUAGGAAUA